UCAGUACCCACACAUGAGAAAUGCUGUCUUUAAAUGAGAUCGCAGAAGAGCAAACAGCUAUCUAAGUGUGUAACGAAAAGGCGAGAUAUUGUAUUAUUGUGGACUAUGUCAUUAAACCACAUUAAUUGAACUACGGAAAAUGUGUCAAAAAAGAUCAAAUAUCCAAAUACUUCAUCCGGUAUUUCAUUCGGCGACGUUGAUCAUAUCGUUAAUGCAGAUGGUCAAUAUUUAUUUUGCAGAUAUUGGAAACCAGAUACAGAAAUCAAAGCAUUGAUGUUCCAUGCACACGGAUUUGCUGAACAUUCUGCACCUUCAAAAGUACUAGCAGAAAGAAUGAUGGAGCUUGGAAUUUAUUCAUUUGCCCAUGAUGAUGUUGCUCAUGGAGAAAGUCAAGGUCUUCGAGGUCAUAUAUUGGAUUAUAAAGUUAUGGUGCGAGACAUAUGGCAACACAUCGAUUUGAUAAGACCGGAGUAUCCGGAGGUUCCCAUAUUCAUAUACGCUCAUUCCAUGGGAGGUGCGCUUGCAUUGAUCGCAGCUCACGAAAGGCCGAACUUCUUUCGCGGUAUUCUCUUAUCAGCUCCCUAUAUCACACCAAGUGAAGCCACAGCUACUCCAGUGAAGGUUAUCUUGGCUAAGAUUGUUGGACGUCUUGCACCGAAAAUUCGGAUAGCACAAAUGGACACAGACUUCCUUUCAAGAGACGAGAAACAGAUGGAGACUUACAUGAAUGAUCCGCUAAACGACAAGUUAGGAAUGAGAGCAAGUUUUGCAAUUCAGUUUUUGGCUAUUGCUAAAAAGAUGAAAGAAAUCCUGCCACAAACCACGGGAUCGUUCUUUGUCGCACAUUCAGAAGAUGACAAAAUUUGUGACGUCAGUGGAUCAAGGUUCAUGGCCGAAGUAUCCAAAAGCGAAGACUUAACUUUAAAGAUCUACAAUGGUGCAAUGCAUAAGCUCGAACGUGAAACUCCAGAAUUUGUCGAGGCCUAUUUUGGUGAAGUUUUACAAUGGAUAAAAGAGCGAAUACUUUAAAACGUGAUCAUGGUGUCGAUCUUUCUUCAAUUGAAUAUAGGCGCAAUCUCAAUGUAUGUUGAUGUGUAGAUUAUGACCUUAUAGUCACAACCGAUUCCUGUGAUGAGCGACAAUAAAUACCACUCCAGAUUAAUUAA